UAUCCUUUCGAAAGUGCAUCUUCAUCGCCAGGUGCUAAGAAGUCGCAGACGACACGAUGGGAUCGGUAUCUCAUCAGAAGAUAUCAACACGGUUGAUCAUCUUCCUGAUGCUUGCCGCUGGUACCGGGCUAAGUCGGUUCGGUGCGGUGCAUGCGAUUGCAGUCGAAACGACGGAUGCUAUGCUGGAGUCGACCCAAACGACAGUUCCUGUUGAUGUGCCGGAAACCGAAGCCGACGAACCGACGAGCGCGGUAAGUGAAAAGUCUGACCUUUCCGAGGCGGAAACGAAGGAUCCGAAGAAGCUGGAAAUCAUCAAACAGAUUCGGAAGAUUAACAACGACGGCUCGUACACCGUGGGGUACGAGGCGGAAGAUGGGACGUUUAAAAUCGAGAGCCGGGAUGUUUUGGGUAAUAUCAAGGGUACCUAUGGGUAUAUUGAUGAAAACGGGGACAUCCAACGGGUGUCCUAUAAUGCGCAUAACAGCACAGGAAUCAAGGGAACCGCGCCGGCACCCGUCACGGAGGAUGUUGUACACAUUCCACCAAAGUUCAAUCGAAGCCACAUCGGAGCUCCAACGACUCGACGUCCAGCAUCAUACCAUACGAGUUCCACCAUUGCUCCCCAGCGUACGAGCGUGAUCCAAACUAUUCCAAGAAAGCGGCCACAUGUAACAUCUACAACGGAACGGCCAACAUCACGGGUGACGGAAACUUCGGCAUCCUAUUCGGAACCAACCAUGGCUUCCAGUCAAAGUUCAUCAGUUCAAACCCCCAAACCGUUGCUGAUUAUACGACCCACCCCACUACCACUGAUGGCGAAAACCAUCGAACAACUCGCUCGACCUGAGAAACUCGAGAGCGAACACAUCACCAAGAUCUAUUCGAAAUCAGUAACGCCAAGACAACGGGAGCCGGAGAGAAAACCUCUAAGAGGUAACUUCCUACGAAGACAACUUCCACCAGAUUCCUCGGAACAGUACGAAGCUCAACAGCAGGUGGUUUACGGUCAAUCCGCUGGAGAAGAAAUUGCUAACCUGUUUGCCGCGACACCACCGGGCUUAAGGCCGAUCUAUACAACCACACCGGCUCCACGUAUUCCAGCCGCAGUGCUGGCAGCUCGACAGCGGGCCGCCCAACUCCAGAGCUUGCUAAGUAGCGAACGUCCAGAGACUACAACCGAACGAGUUUACGCGAAACCUCCACGCAAACAGGAACCCGCUCCGGUGAUGUACGAACCGGCAACGGAACCUUCCUCGGAGAACAGCUACGUUACCGAUACGCCCGGAUCUGUUGUGCAGAUUCCGGCGAACUCGAACCGUGAAGUAACUGAAACCGCCGAAGACGAACGACGCGUUUAUCGGCAAAGACCGAUAGAGUUUCGACCGAGGGAGGCUUAUAGAUUCGCUCCAGCUCAAGAUCGUCCCGAACGGUACCGUGUACCGUUGGGUAUUCCACCCCAUGGCCGGACUUUCCCCAGUGCCGAACCGUCCUACUAUCGAGACGCCUCAGGACGUAGUCCAGAAAAUUAUCCGUCGGAGGAUGAGGAUAACAACAUAGCAUACCGUCAACAGCGGAGACCGCAGGGUCCUCCUCCUCCUCCACCGGGCUACAUUCAGAACCAACAGGAAUCACCCGUCGCUAACAGCGUCCCUAAUGCGCACAGUUACCCCCAACAAUCGUACCCGGUGCCGUACGCCUACAAUCCGUACCGUAAUCCUUACCAAACUCCAGUGAGCCCAUACUACGACGUUCCGGAUCGUCCCCUAACAACCAGAGACUUCGAACGAAUCCUCCAGCUACUGAUAUUCCGUCAUCAGCAAGCUCAACAUCUGCAAGCGUACCGCUUCGGAGGUUACACCAAUCCCUACUACGGUGGCCCUUCCCUGGCACCACCCUUUAUUCCCGGUUCAUAUCCAGGAGCUCCAGGUGGCGGAUAUCCAGCGCAAAUCCCACGACCACCCUUCUUCAACCCCGGUGCCGGUUACUUCGAUCCACGCUACCAGAACCCAUUGUACAGUCCAUCAACGGGAACCCGUCAAUAUACCCCAGCAGGACCCAACGGAGGCCCUCAACAAACGACGGCAGCGGAUUACUCCGCCCCCGAACAACAGGCCUACCAGCUGCGGCGAAGACAGCCUCAACAACAACCUCACGUACCCCAGUACGCACCACGAAUCGAUCACGACUACCAGGGAUCGGCCGCCGCCAGUCAGCAGGAACUGAUUCCACCGGAGGUGCGGGAAGAUCUGCUCUACCGAAUGCUGCUCCUAGCGAUCCAGCACGAUCCAGCGGCACCGUUCCACGGUGGCGGCGGUGGUGUUGGAGGUGAAGUACCUGGUGCGGGAUACGUUCCGGCGGGAUCGGUGCCACGGCCUCAAACCACUUCUCCCUCGCCGGGAUACAGUAAGAAACCGGUGCGGAGUGUGCAGAUUCUGGGUGAGGAGUGAGCGAAGCGGUUCCAGUGAGUCAGCCGUGUAAGAGACUGUAGAGUAUUUGUUCGGGUGUAGUGGCGUAUGUGUA